GUCUUCUUCACAGAAAAUUGGGUUGAAGAGAAUUUUAGGGUUUGUUCGAUAAUCGACAUGGCUCCAAAAUCAAGCGACAGCGAGGUGACUGAUGGAACUGGAUCUUCGAGUGACCUAGAUCACAUGGAAACUUCACUUGGCGUUGCCUUAUCGUUAAUGGGGAAGCGCAGGGCCGAAACUGACGAUUCCGGUGAAAGCGCGCAAACAGCUGACGAGGACAGACUAGACGAGGAUAGUGAGGGAGAAGAAAACGAAUUAGACGAGGAUAAUGACGAAUUAGAUGAGGAAAACGAAUUAGACGAGGAUAGUGACGAAUUAGAUGAGGAAGAAGAAGGUGACGAGGGAGAGAGUUACAGGAGGAAUGAGGAGAAUAGAGAGCCCGAGUGGGGUUAUGAUAGCUUCGACGGCCGGGAGUAUGAUUCCCCUAAUCUGGGUGAUUAUUCGGAUAAGGAGUUUGAGGAGCAGUGCCGUCACUAUAAACGCCAGCUCAUCGAAACCAAGGGUUUCUUUGAGACAUCAGACAAGUUCCCACCUUAUGUUUAUACCCCUGGAAUUGCUUCGCUCGGAGAUCUGGACGAGCCGGCUAUGUUAGGCCUUACCAUCCGUGAGGUCUGCGAAAAGUUGACAUCUCUUUGUCUCCAACGCUACAACGAAGAUGAGGCAAGUCUUAAUUAGUUCCCUUUUUCUAUUUAUUGCCUCUGCACUAUAUAGUUCUAUAGAUAUCUAAUAAGUAUAGUUUUAUUGUUUUGUAGAA